AUGAUUCAUUUGAAUUAGUUUAAGACAAAGUUACAACUGUUGCUGAAAAACUUAAAGCAUAUAGUAAUCUUUUUAAAGAAAAUGACGUUAAAACAUUGUUAUCUAUGGCUUAAUCCAAAUAAGUAGAAGAGAGUAAGCACAGAAGCUACAUUGGCUGGAAUUCUUGAAUCACUUGAAGUAAAGGAAAUUAAAUCUUCAUGGGAAUUGACUGAUGGGUUUCAUUAAAUAAGGCUGAAGUCAAAUUCUUACAAGUUGAAAAUGAAAGAAAGCAAAUAUAUGCUGACCCUUUGGCAACUGUAAGAAUUAAAUUUUAAUUGAUUAGUAAAUUUAAGAAGCCUUGUCUUAAUAAAUAAAAUCAAAGAUCCUUUUACAAGAUUCUCAAAAUGCUCUUGAAUAAACUUAAGCAGACUUAGAAGUCAAGAGAGCUAAUUAUUCUGAAGCUAAAUCAAAUAGAGAUGAUGAAAAUGCCAUAAUAGAAUAGAUUAUCAUCGUUUUCAAGAAAUAAGUUGCUUUUUGGUCUGGAAGUUAUUGACUAUAACUAAUAAAGUUAUUAGUAAAAACAGCAUUUUGGGGUUUUAAAAUAAUAUUCUUAUUUAUUUAUUAAUGUAUUCGAAUUAGAUAGGAAGAGUUGA